AUGGAACGUGUGCGCAUUCGAUACGUUCUGACGGGGGCCUGCCCGUCCACCUACUCGGGACGUGUGGUGCACGGCUCUGUUCCCCUCAUGCAGCCGAACGGCUGUGAGACUACAAUUGAGAUGGUGAAGGCGCAGUUCCGCUCGAACUGGCCAGAUGAUAUGAAGGAGCUGGCAGGGCGCAUUUCCAAUUCGGGGAUCCGCGUGCUUAAGGCAGGACGCGUGCUGAAUGAUGGCGACUCGCUGACGGGGCAUCUCACGCUCUCGGAGCGGAAGGCGUGCCUUGUGUCGAGCGACACGAACGUUGGGGAUGCGAAUGACGAGACGCAGAAACCUUCGGUGCUGAUACACAUGGUCAUCCAGGGGAACCGCGCUUCGCCAGCGGAGAACUCGAAGGAAAAAAGCAAGGUGAGCACCACGGCGGAGGGCGGUAACGGCGAGGGGCACGAGGUGAAGAAAGAUAGCUGCUGCUGUGUUAUGUAG